AUGUCUGAUGCCCUUAGAAAUGAAGCAACUGAGCGUCUACACAUUGAUUACGAAAAGCUCGUAAAGGAUGUAGACGGGCUCCUGAAAGAGGUGAAAGCUCUACAACAUGAGAACAAUCCUGACUUGUCGUCACAAGUGGCAGCCCUUCAAAAGCAAUACGCUGCUCUUGAAAGCGCGAUCAAAACCCUCACUCGUUGUCCAAGAAUGGAAGACCUUCAUACACCCGACUCUACAGCCGCGGACAUCCCGGUACGGCGCUACUAUUUCGGUCGUCCACUGAAUAGGGAUGCUGAUUACUCGGACGAUGAAGCAGAUGAACGUUUCGCGAUUACACGUUGUCUUAUGGACGAUUCAGAUAUAUACGAUGGGCUUCUACAGGAAGCUAAGGAGAACCAGGAGGAGGAACGUGCUGAAGCUGUUGCGCCUCCGUGUUGCUCAUACCUCACUGACGCGACGAAACGACUGGGAGCCUCUCUGAUCGCUACUCAUUCAGCCACCUACCACAGUCCAACAGGACGUGCAACAAGAGAUGAGAUCAAGGCUUUCCAUACAGCUAAAUGCAACCGGAUAAAAUACGUCCAUCGUCGUUCCAUCCUCCAGCACAUGCAUGCUCGCGACUGCCUACCAUGGGAACUUCGCGACAUGAUAUAUGGCUACGUCUUCGAAAAUUCAUGCGUUCAGCUUGAUGCGGAGCAUUUGGAGCACGCAUGUUCCACUAGUCAUUCCCAAAAGUCUUACAGGCAACUGAUAGACUUCAAAUUCUUCGCUGCCGAUACCGGGAUAAAGAACGAGCUGGCUGAAAUGUGGUACAAGAUGACGACCUUCUGGACCACAGAUCCCAGCACGAUCAGUUCUUGCCUCUCUCGGUUUAAAUGGAGUGCUGUUCUAGAGGCUAAGCCAUUCGGCCUGAUCCGAAACGUCGAAAUCUGGAUACCUGUUGAUGUCACUCAAGGAAUUCUCGAAGAGACCCCCGAUUUGGCAAGAGCUGAUCCUCUAUUCCAGCUUCAUGAGACUACAACCAUUAGGUUCGCUCUAGGAGGUCCCGAUUCCAUGGACAAUACUUUCCCAGGCCGCGGCGUGCCUUACUACAACGCAGAGGAUUAUGCGGAGAACAUAGAGUAUCUGUUCCCACUCUUUGCGAAUCUGAGAGCUGCGGGAUACAAGGUCAUAGUGGGACCAGACUGGAACCGGAGGGUCGUGUUUGAGCCGGAUAUCACCCAGGAAACAAUGAUCGAGAUGAUAUUCUGGGCUCUAGCUGAGCAGAACCGUCUUUGGGGUGGGACGUCAUGGCUACAGUAUCGUAUACACGGCUCUUGA